GGCAGGUAGGAGAUGGGCUGGGGGGGAUGUAGGCCCCUCGCAGCCGGCCUGGGGCCCCCCGUGGACAGCAGGGAGGCAGAGCUGCUCCUGCUCACCAUGUCCAUCUUCCUGGGGCUCAGCCAGCCCAGGAGCCCCAGGGGCAAGAAGAAGGGCCGGCCUGGCCCCCUGGCCCCCGGGCGCCCGCAGGUGCCUCUGGACCUGGUGUCCCGCGCCAAGCCCUAUGCCCGCAUGGAUGAGUACGAGAGGAACCUUGGGCAGAUGGUGGCCCAGCUGAGGAACAGCUCCGAGCCGGCCCGGAGGAAGUGUGAGGUGGACCUGCAGCUGUGGCUGUCCAACCGGAGGAGCCUCUCACCCUGGGGCUACAGCAUCAACCACGACCCCAGCAGGAUCCCCGCCGACCUGCCAGAGGCGCGGUGCCUGUGUCUGGGCUGCGUGAACCCCUUCACCAUGCAGGAGGACCGCAGCAUGGUGAGCGUGCCCGUGUUCAGCCAGGUGCCCGUGCGCCGGCGCCUCUGCCCGCUGCCGCCCCGCGCGGGGCCCUGCCGCCAGCGCGCCGUCAUGGAGACCAUCGCCGUGGGCUGCACCUGCAUCUUCUGAGGCCCCGCCCCGGGCCCAGGCCAGCACCGGGCCGGGCGCGGUACGAGGAAAGACCUUCAGCUUCGCUCCCCGCGGCGGCCAGGACAGCGCGUGCUCCUGGAGGUCGGUUUGAGCUCCGUGCCGCGGAGGGCUGUCCAACGCCCAGACGGGCCAUUAAAACCUGAGCUAUGCUGCUUUCGUUCCUGCCGGG